CACCACCCUUCACACGACGUCGUUGCACGUGACACUCUCCAACCCCACCCUGAUGGAAGCGUCACUGGCUAUUAUCCGACCGUCCAUUCUCUCAUAAUCUGACGGCUACCAUCCUUAAUCCGCGUACUCUCUUCCCAUUGGUGGGUUUUCAAACCCCAGACCCUAUAUAAACUGCGAAACUCCACCCAAACCCUCCAUCGCCUCUCCCUCUUUCUACCGAGCUCCCGGUUUCUCUCAUUUCGUAAAUCUGUGAAGCUCUGCAACACGGUCCAUUAAUGGCAGGCAGAGGCAAAACCCUAGGUUCUGGCGCCGCCAAGAAGGCUACAUCUCGUAGUAGUAAGGCCGGCCUUCAAUUCCCUGUGGGUCGUAUCGCUCGUUUUCUCAAAGCCGGUAAGUACGCCGAGCGUGUAGGCGCCGGGGCUCCCGUCUACUUGGCCGCUGUCCUCGAAUACCUAGCCGCCGAGGUGUUGGAAUUGGCCGGAAACGCCGCAAGGGACAACAAAAAGACUCGGAUCGUGCCACGACACAUCCAAUUGGCGGUGAGAAACGACGAGGAGCUGAGCAAGUUGCUCGGAGAUGUGACGAUCGCAAACGGUGGUGUGAUGCCCAACAUUCACAACCUUCUUCUGCCGAAGAAGGCCGGCGGAUCGUCAAAAGCCUCAGGCGGUGACGACGAUAGUUAAAUCAGAGAUGGAGAAUUUUCUUAACGGGAUCUCAGUGGCUUCUUCAAAUUUAGGAUUUGAGUUUUCCCGGUUGUGUUUGUUGGUGAAAUUUGUAGUUGGUGGGGCUAGGUUUUAGGAUUAGGGCUUGCUAGUUACAUGAAUGUGAAUAUCCUUCUAUUUUCUCGUUUCCUAACAGACCAAUUGUGGAAUCAUCUUCUUGAUAUUUAUCAAAAUUUUAAUUUCAGUCA